CUAAAUCUAAAUAAUCUAAAUCUAAAUCAUCUAAAUCUAAAUAAUCUAAAUCUAAAUAAUAUAAUACACUCUUCGGGCCAAGAUGGGGUGGAGCUGUUGCCAGCAACUGGCAGUGCCCAGAUGCCACCUGUUCUGGAAAGGGAUCCUAGGGGGUUAGAGCAUCAGGAAGUGCACUUUUGGGGGUGGAGGGCCCGUUCAGGGCGGAGGGGCAUCCCGGCCAGGCCUUUUGCCUUUGGGCUGAGCCUUUGCAUCCCUCCUCUGGGCGGCCCUGCCCCUUCCUCCGGGUGCAAGUGAGGGCGAGGCAGGCAGCCAGCCCUUCCCUCCCUCCUCUCUGCCACCUGGGCACGCUGCCCGCGGUUGGCAGGCAGAGCCUCGGUGGGACAGCCAGUUUCGGCUUUGUUCCCGCAUCGUUGUGGGUCUGGCGGUGCAAGGGCCAGAUCCUUUCAGUGCCUGCACAAUGCCCGGCUUUCUUCCAGCCAGUCUCCUCCCUCCGGCCGGCCAGGGUUUAAAGGAGCAGCGUCCUCCCCUCCCCACAGCCCAUGUGGGAACAGCUGCUCGGUGGCCUGGGAGCCCGGGCGCUGCGGCGGCAGGCGAAGCAGCCGGGGAUGGCGGACAGCCGGGCAGCGCCGAAGGACAGGGUCCUGACCCUGGAGUCCAUGAACCCCCACGUCCGGAAGGUGGAGUACGCCGUGCGGGGGCCCAUCGUUGCCCGGGCCAACCAGCUGCAGAAGGAGCUGAAGCAGGGGGUCAAGAAGCCCUUCGCGGAAGUGAUUGCAGCCAACAUUGGGGAUGCGCAAGCGAUGGGGCAGAAGCCCAUCACUUUCGUGCGCCAGGUCAGCGCCCUCUGCAUGUACCCCGACCUGCUGAAUUCCCCCGAUUUUCCCGAAGACGCAAAGCAGAAAGCCCGGCGACUCCUGGCCGCGUGCGGAGGGCAGAGCAUUGGGGCCUACAGUGCCAGUCCUGGGAUCCAGCUUAUCCGCCAGGAUGUGGCUGCCUUCAUCCAACGCCGAGAUGGGGGGAUCCCCUCCAGCCCGGAGAACAUCUACCUGUCGACGGGGGCCAGCAGCGCCGUGGUGACCAUCCUGAAGCUGCUGGUCUCGGGGGAGGGGUCCUCCCGAACAGGCGUGAUGAUCCCCAUCCCCCAAUACCCGCUCUACUCAGCGACGCUGGCCGAACUCAACGCGCAGCAGAUCAACUACUUCCUGGACGAGGACAAUGGCUGGGCUCUGAACAUUGAGGAGCUGCGGAGGGCGCUACUCCAGGCUCGGAGACAUUGCCAACCGCGGGUUCUCUGUGUCAUCAACCCGGGCAACCCCACAGGUCAGGUCCAAAGCCGCAAAUGCAUCGAAGAGGUCAUCCGCUUUGCUUGGGAAGAGCGUCUCUUUCUCAUGGCAGAUGAGGUCUACCAGGACAACGUCUACGCCGAGGGCUCCAAGUUCCACUCCUUCAAGAAGGUGCUUUUUGAGAUGGGCCCCAAGUAUUCGGAGAGCCUUGAGCUGGCCUCCUUCCACUCGAUCUCCAAGGGCUUCAUGGGCGAGUGUGGCUUCCGCGGAGGCUACAUGGAGGUGAUUAAUAUGGACCCGGCGGUCCAGCAACAGCUGACCAAGCUGGUCUCGGUCCGCUUGUGCCCACCAGUGACGGGCCAGAUUCUCCUGGACGCUGUGGUCAACCGGCCCCAGCCAGGAGACCCCUCCUACCAGCAGUUCAGCCAGGAAAAGGCGGCUGUCCUGGGCGCUCUGGCCAGGAAGGCCCGGCUGACCGAGGAGAUCUUCAACCGGGCCCCCGGGAUCCACUGCAACCCCGUGCAGGGCGCCAUGUAUGCUUUCCCCCGGAUUGAGCUGCCCGCUCGAGCUGUGCAGGAAGCCAAGGCCCAGGGCCAGGCACCGGACAUGUUCUUCUGCCUCAGACUGCUGGAGGAGACGGGCAUCUGCGUGGUGCCCGGCAGUGGCUUCGGCCAGAGAGAAGGCACCUUCCACUUCAGAAUGACCAUCUUGCCUGCCGAGGAGAAGCUGGAGACUCUCCUGCAGAAGCUGAGCCAAUUCCACGCCAAGUUCACCCAGGAAUACUCCCAGCCGUAGCCUGGCUGUGGUCCAGGAAGGCCAGCUGUGGUGAAGCUGGGGCAGUGGGUGGGCCGAGGGGGAUGACCCUCUAAGCUUCAUCCCACCUUUGGGGCUCAUGAGUGCCCCCAGCCCCGCCCUUGUCCUCCUCCACUGAUGAAAGCAAAGUCUGGGGAGCACAGAUGAGCCUCUGAGAAGGUCACCAGCCAGGCCUGACCACGAAUGGACCCUCAAGCAUCUAGAGAUGGACUUCUCCCACCAAGCAAGACCUGGCAGCUCUGGGCACCAGCUACCUUGAGCGAUUGGGGGUCAUCAAGCCAAGUUGCUGCCCCCCAUGGGGUUGGCUUGUUGACCUCUCCACAUUCAGAAGCUCAGCCAGUCCUGCUUUCUAACUUGGCCCCCAGUGCAGAUGUGCCUUCGUGUUCUCCAUCCCCCUUUCAUGGACCCGGCCAGGGGUCUUGCUGGCUCAGGGAACGUUGCAAUCCACGUGGCCUUCAGAGACACCAUCAGGAGAAGGCUGCCCAGCCGAGGUAGCCUUGAAGCAUUCUGAGAUGACCAUUGUGCCCUGGGGGGAGAAAGGGCCAGAGCCCCCUCCUCACGUUUCUGUGAAUGUGGAAGGGGGCUGCAGAGGAUCAAUAAAACCGGCUUGAUCAAUGUC